AAAAUGGCGGCGGGUCAGCACAGGUGAAUACGCGAGCGCUAACGUGUUACCCGAUUUAUCACAGGUGUUGGGCAUACUAUGUUUCGUUGUUGGAUAUUAAUUACGAGAUGAACAACAGAAUAGAGAAUGGCUAAAUUUGUCAAGAAGUGCCCCUGCCUUAGACCACCCACAGAGGAAGUCCGAACCUUGGACUAUCGCCACAGCAACCUCAAAGAUGUGCCAGGAGAGAUUUUCAAUUUUGAACGAACUCUUGAAGAACUGUUUGUAGACUCAAAUGAAAUUCGAGACCUUCCAAAGGAACUGUUUUAUUGCCAUCAGCUGCGCAAACUCACUCUCAGUGACAAUGAAAUCACAUCAGUCCCGUCUGCCAUUUCUAGCCUGGUUAAUUUAGAAGAACUGGAUAUCAGCAAAAAUGGUAUCAUUGACAUGCCAGACAAUAUCAAAUGUUGUAAAUGUCUGCGUAUUCUGGAGAGUAGUGUCAAUCCACUGGGCAAAAUCCCAGAAGGCUUCACUCAACUGCUCAGCCUCACAGAAUUAUACCUGAAUGACACUUUCCUGGAUUAUCUACCUGGCAACUUUGGACGAUUGUCCAAAUUGAAGAUACUAGAAAUCCGUGAGAAUAAUUUGAAGACGUUACCAAAGUCCCUGUCACGCUUGACCAGUUUGGAAAGGUUGGACAUUGGUCAGAAUCAAUUCACAUGUCUGGAAGAUGUAAUUGGCCACAUGACGAACUUGUUGGAGUUGUGGUGUGACACAAACAAGAUUGUACACAUUACUGAGGGUAUAGGAAACUUAAAACAGCUGAUGUUCUUAGAUGCCUCUAAAAACCGAUUGGCUGAGCUUCCAGAUCAGAUAGGAAACUGUUCCUCAUUGGCUGAUCUUCAUCUGACAACCAAUCGGCUACAAGCUUUGCCUGAGACUUUAGGUAAUCUGAACAACUUGACAACAUUGAAGAUAGAUGACAACAGUCUGUUCUGCCUGCCCACCACGAUGGGAGGAUUGACGUCACUUUCUGAGCUCAAUGUCAGCGCUAAUGACAUAGACGAACUCCCACCAAGCAUUGGAUUUCUUCGCAAUCUGAGGACGUUUUAUGCUGAUGAAAACUUACUUAGAUCUCUUCCACCAGAAUUGGGCAGUUGCAGUGGUAUCACAGUGCUGUCAUUUCGUAGUAACCGUCUGUCCUACCUGCCUGAUGAGAUAGGCCGUAUACCAGGGAUGAGAGUUCUGAACCUGAGUGACAAUAAACUGGUCAAUCUUCCCUUCAGUGUGGUCAAACUCAAACACUUACAGGCCCUCUGGCUCUCCGAGAAUCAGACAAAGCCCCUGAUCCCACUGCAGAGUGAGAUUGACCCAGAGACAGACAGGAAAGUGCUAACAUGUUACCUCCUACCUCAAGGGGCUAUGGAACAGAACACAGUUGAUGGCAAUGAAGACAGCCAGAGUUUCCAUCCAUCUAUCUGGGAAGAAGAAAGACUGCGCAGACAACAAAUUCAUUUCGCUGGUUUUACUGAUGAUGACUUCGAUGAGGAAAGCCAUUUGUACCGUUGCCCUACCCCUUUCCCUAAGGAAUUGCGAGAGAAAGCUCGUCAUGCUCGUAACCUGGCACUGCGCCAGGUCAUGGGGUCAUCGGCCAAAGGAGAAUCCAUGCACAACAGUGGUCAUGACAACAUGGCCUAUGAGAACGAGGCAGGGCAAGGGCGAAGGUCACCAUCACCAAGCAGGGUGAGCGUAGGGGCAGUUCGUGGGAGAGGCUCACCUGAUGUCAGGGUGAGGGAGGCGCGCAUUGCCAAACCCUCCUCCCCCUCACUCCACAACUCACAUAGACUCUUCCAGUGUGACAAGGAAAAGACACAAAAGGAUAAAGCAAGGAUGAGGCUGAAUUCUCCAGAACGCUAUGAGUCUUCAUCAACAAAGGGCUCAAAGUCUCCAAAGGGAAGUAAAUCUGGUCAUCGCAGGGAUUCUUCUCCCAGCAAACGUGAUGGAUUGGAGAAUGGAACAGGGGAGGACAACUCUAGAUAUGUCAGGGGUGGUGGUGAGGACUGGUCGUGUGGUCAGACCUCCACGGGCAGACUGACUGAGGGCAGGGGUGUGGCACGACUAAGGCCAGGCUCAGCAAAUGUUACCGACAGUCGCUACAAGUAUUCUGAUAGGAAGUCUGGUGAUCAGCUGGCUUCUCCCGCCAGCCGCACCCUGCCCACCCCGAGUAGCAUGUCACUGGACCAUAGGUACCAUCUUCAUCAUUCCCAUCCGCAUCACGCUAGCAGGCAUUCACGCGGACGAUCACGCCAUGGAAGAGAAUAUGACUCUGACACUGGCUGCCGCAGUGAUACAGGUUACAGGAGUGAUACAGGCUAUCGUAGUGAUACUGGUUACCGUAGUGACACUGGUUACCGUAGUGAUACUGGUUGCAGAAGUGAUGUAGGCUACAGAAGUGACCAAGAUGCGUUUAGAACUCGUAGGCAGGCUAUGUUGUUGAUGUACGGUGGUAGAGGAGGCACUGUUGCCCGACCUCAAUCAGGGGGAGAUAACUGGGAAACCUCUUCUGAGCGACCUCGCAGAUCACGUCAUAAAGAUGGUUAUGCUAGUGACCUUGAGGCAUACUCAGGUCGUCUGUUUGGUGGAGAGUUUGUAGGCCAUAGUCACUCUCAGAAGCAACAACUUCACAACGCACGCAGUGUUCCUCAAGACCUUAACCACCAGGGUCAGGAACUGCCUCGACCAGAAGCUGGUUCGCAGUCCGCCAGGAAAGCAUACCCAUCCAAAGCACAAAUUGGAAACGAUCAGCAGUACACCAGCCAUCACCAGAGUGGCUCAUCUGCCAAUACAGCGGGCAACCAAUCCCCAGCUGCUUUCCAUCGACAUCACUUCAUUGAUCAAAGCACUCCUGUAGCUAUUGAUUCCUCAACACCAUUCGUCAACCACCCAAACUCUAAGCCAUCCACUCCAAGGGGACAGAACUCUGAGUCGGAUCCAAAAGGUGCCAACUGGCGGCGGGAGCUGUACACAGUGUUAGAACAGAAAAUGAUGUCAUCUAUGAGUUUACAAGAGGGCAGUCGUGAUGCUCCUCCCCAGGUUACCAGCCCACCCAGUAAUCCAGGUAGUGAGUGUGGCGGGGGAAUGGGGAAGACGCCUCCCCCGUAUCACCCAGCCCCUCCCUACCACCCACAUCCUGCUUAUCAUCGUCAACUGCCCCAAGUGCCCAAGGAAAUCCCCACCCACAUGGUCACUAAGGAUCAGCCAUGGGACCAGAACUCCAGCAGGUCAACAUCCAAUCACUCACACAUAAACCCUGGCUACAGUCUCACCGAAGACUCGUACCCAGAUUGCUCCCAGUACACCCCUGGUCUCUACCCAGACAACAUUGACAGCUCUAACCCACCACUCUCCAAAUAUGAUGAUGUAGCUUUGUUUAAAAGCCCUGAGCCAGUCUCGCAUGUCUCCAGCUCUACAGACAGUGGCUACGGUCACGGACACCCCAUCUACGAGAGGGUAGACCCCUACAGCCGAAAUCAUUCAGGUGGAGGAUCCUCUACACCCUCAUCCACUCCAAGACUGCACUCUUCUAGUCCCAUGGCUCCUGGCUCAUCCCAAGAUAACUCCAGUGUACCACACUCAAGGGAGGUUACUCCCAUCAAAGGCAUGGAGGACAAUCAGCAAGGGAGGGAACUCUUCCAUUCGCUGAACUACUCUCAGCAGAAACCGCCUCACUCCAACAUUUUUGAAGCGUCCAUUAGAAAGAACCCUGGUCUGGGUUUCAGCAUUGCUGGUGGACUAGGCUCCUGUGGGAACCCUUUCAGGAAACAGGACCAGGGUAUAUUUGUGACCAAGGUGCACAGUGAAGGCCCAGCAGCACAGUCCAUACAGCCUGGGGAUAAACUGCUACAGGUUAAUGGAGUUGACUUCACACAUAUUGAUCACGAGCAAGCUGUCAGCAUUCUCAAACACUGUUCUUCUGUCAGCAUGGUUGUCGAACGAAGAUAACAUUCUUCUGCCAUCUCCAUAGUGAGUUGCUUUGGCAACAGAACUCUGUGAAAAUGAACUCGAUGACUGGCUGAUUUUUGCUGCCUUUUAUCGGCGAGCUUGUUACGUUGAUGAAUUCCUGAUCCGUCCAAUGAGGUGCCAGUAUUUUUCAGUGCUAAUUCGACAGACAGUAGCAUUAGUUGUUCAUCUCACUGCACAAGCAUCCAUCGAGAAACAUUCUACCUUUAGGGCCACUGUUUUGUUUUCAUGCUGCUGAUAUUUGCCAAAGACUUUCUCAUUAAGUCCAAAUUGAUGAUUAUCGGCCGGUUAUGAAUCUGUACAUUCAUUGUCUCUGUGAUGAAAUUUCUUAGAUUUUGUGUCCGUCUCUGUUAUACAUGAAUUACUUUACAUUAUUAUUGGGUUGUAAAUUACCAGGUUGUGGUGAUCUUUCUGUUUUGAAAUGGAAUUUUGGAGUGUUUUUUACCCAGAUAUUUUUGAAUGAUAUCCUGAAGUUGUGAUCACAUUCACUGUUAAACAUAUCAUAUAAGUAAUGUGUUUCGAAGGUAGCUGUCUGUAUGUACCUGUACUUGUCCAGUUAUGUAAUAGUGGAAAUUCUUAUCCCAAUUUUAUUCAUUAAAGAAAUAUUAAAAUUAGAGGACAAAAUUCCUAGUAUUUCAAGCUUUCUUUCGAUAGUCUUUUAGAUUUUCAGUAAAGUACGGUGAAAUAGCAUUAUUGACAGCGAUGACAUUUGUGAGUAUUCAAUGUAAAGCAGCUAUUCUGUCAAAAAAUGGUCUGAGAAAAAUUGAACUGACUGUGGAGUUCUUUUAUGUACCCUAAUUAAUGCAUGAUCAGUGAGUUGAACCUUUUUUCCAGUUAUUUGCUAUAGUGGCCUAAAAUUUGUCAGAAUUUAUUUCUGGUGGUAUACAGUGUAGGAGUGGGGCCUCUGGACCCCAGGACCCUCACAUGGGUUUGCUGUGAUAGUCAAUCGGUCUCCCCAUUUCUAAUGCAUUUGAGCCUACAGUUGUAUGUGAUAAAACACGACUGUUGCGUUGUGUUCAGUGAUGUACAGCAUCACUAUAUAAUUACAAGCUGACAAUCACAUUUGUCAUUACUUGGGCCAGUGUUUAUUUUUACAAAUAUAUCCAAACAAGAGGCAGGGUACAUACCAGUUGUUUUAAAUCAUUCUGCCUUAACCUGUUAACAAAUUUGACCAUGGGCCAGUUUAGCCAGGUUGAAAAAACACCGAAUUAUAGAGAUAGGAAAAAAAGCCUCUUGUAUCUGAUUUUUAAUCACAUUUUUAAUGUUCACUUGAAUCAUACAGUGUAAUUCAUUGAUCACAUUCUGAGAUUGUCAUAAAUAAUUCAGUGAUAAAUCAGUAAAUUCUAUACAGAUAUCCUACCUGUAGAUGUCUGUUUUGUACAGAAAAAUCUAGCUGCUAAGAUUUUGAAAGUUAGUGAAAAAGUUAUUAUUAACAAAUGUAAAAUCUUCACUUCAUUACAAAGUAACCUAUUUUUAAGACGAGAAACAUUCCCACAAAUUUUAUUCUUUUAUUUUUAGGUACAUGUAAAAUAUUUACUUCUAUGUAAAAUUAACAAAAAACAUUUCAGCAAAAUGGGGUAGAAUUUUUUUCUUACCUAUUUUGUUAGGGUUAUGUCACAUGAAAAUCUGUAUAUCAGGGACAUUUUUAUAUUUGAGUCUCCUGUCAUCUGCCAUGGUUUUGUCUCACUUUUCAAAAUUCAAAUUUUUUUUAGUGUACAGUUAUUUGUCAGACCUUUUUUUUUUAACAGGUUUCCCUAAUAUUUGCCUGCAUCUUUUUGACUUGUGUUCAUAGAGCUACAAACAUCCAUUUUGACAUAAUUAUUACCGAUUCCGUAAUAAUAAAAAAAGCACUAACAUGAAGUAUAUGUCAGAUGAUAGGUCAUUAAACGCUGUCCAUAAAAAAAGUGUGAUUUUUUAAAAAAAAAAAGUUUCAACCCAGUAAAAUGCAUUUGAAAGAUGGAAUUCAGUGAUGACAGCCAUUUCUGACAAUAUUGGGACCAGUGACGUCACAUCAGUCUGUUACCACUGAACACAUACAGUCUGCUACGUGUCAUCAGUAUAAAUGCCUGUAUGUGUAGAUCUAUGAAUACAUUCACUGCAAGGACCUAGACACAAACUAUUUCAAGCAAAAAAAAGGCAUUUGAUGUCACUGAUAGCCCCUGGUUUAAUACACGUGACGAAAGUAUAAUUUGGUGCUUUAAAAAAUAAAUGGAAGUAUUUUCUAGGACAGUUUUUAAUGGUCUUUUAUGUGACAAAUACUUCAUUUUAGUGCUUCAUUUGCCUUCAGUGACUUCAAGGAGCUUCAGGUGAAUGUUUCCACACAUACUGGAGUUCUCUAGUUCCGCAAACUUGGCUACUCUGUUGUCAAAUCUGGUGUUUUUAAUGUCAAAGCAUUUACAGAUUUGGUUUUGGAGGUUUUUGGUCAAACUUUUAGUGAUGGAUAGUGUUCAAAUGUAGGACCAAGUACAAGUACUACAUGUGUGAUGUGAUGUAGUGAAAAACAAUACAUAUCUUUUGUACAAAUUCUUUCUUGCAGAACAUACUGUGAUGAGGAUGUUGUUGGGGUAAUUUAUGCAUAUGGUAAUGUUACUACUGACCAAUUAAUAAAUCUGGAAGAGAAGUGGCUCUUGAGCUUUGUAAUUCAUCCAGCCAUUAUAUGCUACAAUAGAUCAUGCAGUCUGAUGUUUCAGAAUCUCACGGCAAGCUUUUCCAUGUAUCGCUAAUGAUGUAUAGACAGUAAUUAUGUGUGAAUGAUUUGGAAACCACUAAUGCUGCUGCUCUGAGGUCAUGGUUGUCAUGACUGUUACACUCUAUACACACAUGGUCAGGUUUUUAGGGUACAUUGGUUUAAUUGGGGGUGGGGGGCUGUCUGGGCAAAGGAAUGGUUGUGUAAAUGUACUGUCUUUACAUAUCACCUACUAUCAUCUUUUAUACAGUCAAAUUUUUAUUUGUUAUGUAUUGAAAGUAUUAAAUUUCUAUUUGAGGUUAAAGCUGGCCCUAUUGGCUAGGAUUACCCUUUUU